UCCAAAGUUUACAUUAUUUAUUUCUAUUCUUUUGGCUUCAAGCCUUCCCUUGCCAAUACAAUUCUUGUCUUUUAACUUCAAACUCUUUUGUUUCCAGUUAUUAUUUCAUGUGAUGGAUCCUGGCGAACUUCGACGUGUUUUUCAAAUGUUUGAUCACAACGGCGACGGCCGGAUUACGAAGAAGGAGCUUAGCGAUUCGUUACAAAACUUGGGCAUCUAUAUCCCGGAUAAAGAUUUGAUCCAAAUGAUUGAAAAGAUUGACGUGAAUGGCGAUGGUUACGUUGACAUUGAUGAAUUCGGAGCAUUAUAUCAAACUAUAAUGGACGAGAGGGAUGAGGAGGAGGACAUGAAGGAGGCGUUCAACGUGUUCGAUCAGAACGGAGACGGGUUUAUCACGGUGGAGGAGUUGAGGUCGGUGUUGGCAUCCUUGGGGCUGAAGCAAGGGAGGACUAUAGAAGAUUGCAAGAGGAUGAUUAAGAAGGUGGAUGUGGAUGGAGAUGGGAUGGUCAACUUCAAGGAGUUUAAGCAGAUGAUGAAAGGUGGAGGGUUUGCUGCCCUAAGUUCAACUUAAAUCAUGCAUGGAGGAUGGAUUUAGAGGCUUUUUCUUUUUCUUUUUUUUCUUUUUUUCU